UGUUUUUUUUUUUUGAAAUUUGGUAACACAGCAUGUUGCUGUGAACAAGUUGAACUUCGGGAAUAAUCUGCGCCCAUCAUUCAAAACUUCUUGUCAACAUUCUUCUGCCAUUUUCUCGCACAGGCUAGAUCUCUGAUCACCUCCAGAAUUGGCAACUGUCGCACCCAACAUUACAGGCCAGAUGUCCUUUUAAGUUAUAAUCCAGUGUUGAAUGCCCCAAUUAGAACAAUGCACCUGCACCUAAGUACAGGGAGCCUCGUUUUAGCCUUUUAGGCCUACUACUACCUCUAUUGUAUAUAUAGUGCUGUAGGUUGAGAUGUCUCCCGUCUUGCAAGCUGCUCCACUGAGUGUGCUAAUAUUCUUUUGGAAGCAAACAGAUUGCACUGAAUGCCCUAUUUGAUGUUCCCCCAAUUCUCUAUUUGGGCGCUAGCUGAUGGAUCUCCACAUGAAACUUCUCCUGGUCUCCCUCAGCUGUGUUCUUCUGAUGCAGGCAGCAUCAUGUGAUGGCACCACUGGCGAAACUGAAAUGACAAAUUGGACAUGUGUAUGCGCAGCUCAUCCGCUAGGUGAAUCUAACUCUAGCAGCAGCCUGUUUUCCAAUUGCUCUUCGUCCUGUCAUUGCCAGCAAGAUGAGAAUGGGAACAUGGGGUCAUGGAACUGCACAUGUGCCUCUGACAAGACCCUUCAGAAAGAAGAACAUUCUAUGUUACAUGAUAGGAGUUGCUUCACUUCCUGUAACUGUACAUCCGGAAGUUCAGAGGAAGGGAAAAGGCAUGUCUCCAGUAAAACAGUCAUAAUUACACUCCUAGUGUGUGUGGUUCUCACCACUACUGCUUUCCUUGUCACCACUGUAUACUACUUUCGCCGCAAGGAUGCGCUCUCUCCUCGUUCGCAGAUAUACUACUUUGAUAAAUACACUAGCUGGAGUAGCAGAUCAAACCUUGUCAGCCAUCGAUCAUCUCCUCUGCCCCAACUGAAACUGAAACCAAGACUCAGUGUUCUCAAAGAGUUUCUAUGUAGCUGCCCUAUCAUUUGUGGGGGUGAAAGUGGUGCAUUCCCGGGUGUUAUCAUCCGGUUUUCGUACUCAGAGUUGGAGGAAGCAACAGGGAAAUUCUCAGACGAGCAUCUUAUCGGAGUUGGUGGGUCAAGCAAGGUAUACCGAGGCCAGCUUAGCGAUGGCAAAGUUGUUGCCGUGAAAAGGCUUAGGCCCCUGGGAGGUGCAGACGAAGACUUCGAAUUCCUGUCUGAGAUCGAGCUGCUGUCGAGGCUGAACCACUGCCACGUGGUGCCAUUGCUGGGGUACUGUUCAGAGAUCCAGAGCCGGCAGCUGGAGAGGCUGCUGGUAUUCGAGUGCAUGUCCAAUGGCAACCUCAGGGAUUGCCUGGACCUGAAACAAGGCAGGAAGCCCAUGGACUGGCAGACCCGGGUGAGCAUCGCGCUCGGUGCCGCCAGGGGGCUGGAGUACCUGCAUGAGGCGGCGGCACCACGGAUCCUCCACCGCGACAUCAAGUCCACCAACAUCCUCCUGGAUGACAAGUUCAGAGCCAAGAUCACUGACCUUGGCAUGGCCAAGUGCCUGAUGAACGACGGUGUGACGAGCUGCUCGAGCUCCCCGGCACGGAUGUUGGGCACGUUCGGAUACUUCGCGCCAGAGUACGCCAUCGUGGGCAAGGCGUCGCUCAAGUCGGACGUGUUCAGCUUCGGCGUCGUGAUCCUGGAGCUCAUCACCGGCCGGCUGCCCAUCCACAAGUCGUCGUCCACCAGGACUGACGAGAGCCUCGUCAUCUGGGCGACGUCGCGGCUGCGGGACAGCAGGCUGGUGGUGACGGAGCUGCCGGACCCGACGCUGCAGGGCAAGUUCCCGGCGGAGGAGAUGCAGAUCAUGACGCACCUGGCGCGGGAGUGCCUGCAGUGGGACCCGGAGGCCAGGCCUACCAUGACCGAGGUCGUCCAAAUCCUCUCCACCAUCGCCCCGGCACUCCAUGGAACGAAGCGCCGGAACCUCCCCAUCGCCGCCGCUUUCAACCUCACGCCGUCGCCGCACGUCGGAAGAUGCGAUCCAGAGCCCGCUAGCAUCGAGAGGCAGCAGGAGUGCUCGACGACGUCCGUGCAGUGGCAGCAAGGGCGGUGCGCCCCGCCGCCGGGCCGUGCGUCCUGGCCCGGCGACAGGAGCAAGGGCGCGGCGGGCGGCGGUGCGGUGGUGUCGGGUGAGCUGGUGAACGGGAUGCUACUGAUGACGAGCCCCCACGGGCGGAGCAGCUGGCGGCCGCCGCCGGGCGACGAGGAGGAGGAGGUGGUGGACCUGACGGAGCCCCGGCUGGAGACGUUCACGCCGGCAUUGUUCAGAUGAUUCAUUACUCCGUGUGCAGUCGCCGGCUCGCCGCCGUGGCUCAUCCAACUGGCUGCAGCAUGCCCAUGCUUGGUCCCCGUGCGCAUCCUCCGCUCCGCCGCCUCGUGCGCUUUGCGGUCGCGACCUUGCCGGCCAUCACCGGCGACACCAGCAUCGGUCGCCAUUCUCCAACACGCAUUAAUACGUGUUCUGUGUGUGGCUGCCAUGCCGCACCUGAUGAAUAUACCAGCCGUACCGAGAAAUCCUAAUAGCAAAACAGCUCAAACAGUUGAUAAUCUAUCUAUAUACUAUAUAUAUACUAUAAAAAAUCUAAAACAAUUGAAA